CCAUAAAAAAGGAUAAACUUCAAACUAACAUUCAAAUCAUAAACGCUUGAAUUUGUCCUCUCAACUCGAAAAAAAAUUCUUCUUAAAAUAUCUCGAACAUCGUAGAAGUAGAAACAAUAAAAUUUUGUGCACACCAAGAAACCAUUUCAAACAAAUUCAACAACAAUGUUGAUAAAGAAAGAAAAAAAAAGGUGAGAAAAGAAACGACAACAAUAACAAUAUACCCAUGUGCUUGGAAGAGAUCAUCAACGCAUAUGUUUUUGUGUAUUUCUUCCUCUUCAACCCGGUCGAGAGCAUUUCAUCAUAGUGUUUCGAUGUAUCUGUGUUCCAGUGUUCCAAUGCAACGGCAAAUCAAGUGAUUCAAAUACUCCAAAUUGUUUGUGCACAUACACAUACAUAACCAUCAACACCUCACACAGCACAACAGUUUGCGUUUCAAAACAUUGUGAACGCUACAACCAAUUCGAAUGAUCAGUAUUCAGUCGUUUCGUGUAGUUCGUUCGUUAAACAACGUAUCAUACCAAAAAGUGCCUACCGUGAUUGUUUUAAAUCGCCUUUCUCGCUUAGUGAUCAGAGUGUCGUUUGAGCCAAAGCCAAGCAAAAUGUGCGCAUUUUUAAAACAAAAUUGCACAUUUCAUUGAGUUCGAUCAAUUCAUUUAAUUGAAUUUACUCGGUAUGAACACUGGACUGACUAUACUAUCUACAAAACUUUUCAAGGAAGAAAACACAAAACAUCUUAAUUCGCAUUGUUAAAUUGUCAAACACACAUACGUUGCAGCAUAGCUCGGAUCAAAUUAACUAAUUUAAAUUCAAAUUGAUUAUAUGCUCUCGAUUUUUCUACAUACGACGUUUAAACAAACAAAAAAAAAACACAUAUAAACAACAAAAGAAUAAGAAACUUUGAAUUCCAAAGCACGAGCACUCUUGAUUCUACUUAGUGCAGUGACUUCGUAAGCCCCCUUUUUAGGCAUACGAAACAAAAACAACGUUUUUUUUAACCCCAUGGUUAUUGUUUGCAUCAAUAUGGAAUUGUGGUGGCCAACGUAAAAUUUCGCAUUAAUUUCAUCAAUUUCAACGAAGAAAUUUGUGUCAAUUUUGAAAAAUAUUCAUCAUCAACUUGUCUUGACUGGAACUUAGUCAAAAAUUCAUCCACUGCGUGCCUGAAGAAUCUAAAUACAACAUUUUUAAAGGAGAAAAUACUGUGGAUUUUUAUUGGAUUUUUUUUAAUCGAAACAUAAAGUCAAAGAAAGAAAAGAGUUACUAUGCUAAGUUAAUGAGACGGUCUUGGGCUUUAAUCAACGAAUCCAGCUUUAGUUCUAAUUUGGACGCUUUUCAUUUGUUUUGUCUUUAAAUCAUGGGUUCAUGGUUGCAAUUAUGAUAAAAUAGGAACAAAAAAAAACCAACUUUCAAAAUUUAUCAACCGGGGAUCUAUUAAAAUAACACUCACACAUACACAAAAACGCACAUACACACUUCCCUUUUUUUCGUUAAGCUUAUUUAUUAAGUAAAUACACUCAAAAUGUUUGGGAGAUGUCUAAGGAUUAUUUUAGAUUUAAAGAUGUCUUCAAACGGUGUAUCAUGUGUGGACACAACACUAAAUAGAUCAUUUUAUAAAUUAGGAAAAAUAAUUGGCCGAAAUCCAAGUUUCUUUAUUAUAAUUCCAAUAUUUUUAACAAUUAUAUUUAUCACAGGAUAUCAACAGCUUAAGUAUCAAAUAGAUCCCGAAUAUUUAUUCUCACCCCAAAAUGGAGCCGGAAAACACGAACGAGCUAUCGUUGAGGAAUAUUUUAAAGUGAACUAUUCGAAGAGCUUCAGUGUUGAGCGCAUCACACGAGCCGGUCGAUUCGGGCGUCUUAUUAUUACUACUAAAGAUGGGGAUCGAAAUUUGAUAAGACCCGAAAUUUUUCAAGAGCUUCGCACAUUGGACGGUUUGAUUCAUAAUGCAACCGCUACUUACGACGACGAAAUAUAUCGAUAUGAAGAUAUCUGCGCACGAUCGCUUGGAGAUUGCUUUGAAAAUGACAUCCUAAAUCUGGACGAAAUUAUAAACGAUAUCGUAUCAGGAAAUAUGUCACUAACAUUUCCAAUAAUGUUCAACGAAAAGACUUUCGAUUAUCACAUAUUGCCAGUCUUUUUUGGUGGUACAACAGUUUCACCCGAGGGCACCGUAGUGAGUGUACCAGCAUUGCAAUUGGUUUAUUUUGUUGCUGUUGAUACACCGCGUCAACUUGCAAAAGGUGGCGAAUGGGAAGAAACAUUUUUACGAACAAUUGGAGACAUUGAAGACAGUGGAUUCUUUAAACACAUUCGUAUAGCCCGAUUUGCUUCGCGAACAUUGGAUCAUGAAUUGGAGAAAAAUACGAGAACUGUGGUGCCAUAUUAUACAUUAACGUUCCUUUUAAUGUUGGUUUUUAGUGUAAUUACAUGUAUGAUGUUUGAUUGCGUGCGCUCAAAACCUUGGUUGGGAUUUUUUGGCAAUUUAUCAGCAAUAAUGGCAACAUUGGCUGCAUUUGGUUUCUGUAUGUAUUUGGGAAUUGAAUUUAUUGGUUUAAAUCUAGCAGCUCCGUUCGUUAUGAUUGCAAUUGGCAUUGAUGAUACAUUUGUUAUGCUCGCUGCGUGGCGUCGUACAUCCAUAAAAUUGAGUGUACCGGAACGUAUGGGAAUUACAAUGUCGGAUGCUGCCGUUUCAAUUACAAUCACAUCAUUAACGGACAUUAUUUCAUUUUGGAUCGGUAUAAUGAGUCCAUUCCCAUCGAUUCAAAUAUUUUGUAAAUACAGUGGCAUGACUGUAUGCUUCAUUUUCUUUUGGCACAUCACCUUUUUUGCUGGAUGCAUGGCACUAUCUGGUUAUAGUGAACAGAAAAAUCACCAUUCAAUUUUCGGCUACAAAGUAACACCGUUGUCAGCUGCCAUCAAAGAGAAUCGCUCAUGGUUGUAUCGAACAUUCAACACGGGAGGCAUCAAUCCAAACGAUCCCGACAAUCCAAUUGACAAUAAAGAUCAUGCUGGAAUGGCAUUUUUCAAGGACGUUGUUGCAAACAUCGUCAACAACGGUUAUAUGAAAAUGGUUAUUUUGCUAAUAUUCGCUGCAUAUCUAUUUGGCGCUGGAUAUGGCAUCACACAAAUUAAAGAAGGUCUUGAACGACGAAAAUUGUCCAAAGAAGAUUCAUAUUCGGUGAAAUUUUUCGACCUUGAAGAUGAAUUCUAUCGUGAAUUCCCAUAUCGUAUGCAAGUUAUUGUUGCCGGUGAACUUAACUAUUUUGACCCUCAAGUCCAAGAAGAAUACGAAAAACUUGCAAGAGAACUUGAGAGUACAUCAUAUGUGUCUGGUUCAGCAUACUCUUCAAACUGGCUACGAGUGUUCUUGGAUGUUCACCCAAAUAUUACUUCAGAAGAGGACUUUAUGGAAAAACUUCGAGAAUGGAUGUUCCCUGGCAGCGAAUACUAUCUAGAUGUAAAAUUCAAUGCAAAUAAAACGAAAGUUAUUGCGACACGUUUCCUGAUUCAAGCCUUAAACAUCACCGAUACGAACCAUGAAAAAGUGAUGGUCAAAGAUUUACGAAAAAUUGUUCACGAUUCAUCAUUGAAUGCAUCAAUAUUUCAUCCGUACUUUGUGUUUUUCGAUCAAUACGAAUUGAUUCGGCCGACUUCAGUGCAAAGUUUGAUUGUCGGUGCUGCAAUUAUGAUGUUGAUUUCAUUCAUUUUCAUUCCGAAUAUUCUAUGCUCAAUAUGGGUGGCAUUUAGCAUUGUAUCGAUUGAAAUGGGUGUUGCUGGUUAUAUGGCACUAUGGGACGUGAAUUUGGAUUCAAUUUCAAUGAUUAAUUUAAUCAUGUGCAUUGGUUAUUCGAUUGAUUUUACAGCGCAUAUUUGCUACUCAUACAUGACAUCAAAAUCGAAUAAUUCAGACGAUCGAGUUCGUGAAGCACUUCAUUCAUUGGGCAUGCCAAUAUUCCAGGGAGCUGUAAGCACAAUAUUGGGUUGUUACGCUCUUUUGUGUGCCGAUAGUUAUAUAUUUUUGGUAUUCUUUAAAAUGAUAUUCUUGGUCAUUUCGUUUGGUGCAUUGCACGGUAUAUUUUUGUUGCCAGUGUUAUUAUCAUUAUUUGGUCCAGUUUCAUGUAAUAAAGAUCCAACGAAUGAACGUCAAUUGGAUAACUUGGGCGGUGAUAUGGGUCGUGAACGUUUGUCAUCAAUUGAAAAAGCAUAUCCGCAUCCAUAUUGCAUUCCACAUCCACAACUUGGCCUACAGGGCAUGUUCAAUAGCAAAUCAUACUUAAAUUCACCGUUCAAAACGUACGGAAUUGAUGAAAAAGACCAAGGAAUCGGAACGUCAGGAGAAGAUUCCAGUGAGAGUAGCAGCAAUAAAUCGCAACAACGUCAAGCAAUCGAAGACGAAAAUACACGUCGACGAUAUGAGAUGAGCUGGAAAAUACCAUCAGAAAUGAAUGGAUCCCAAUUUCAGCCCGUUGUCAACAUGUAUGGGCGUAAUCCAGCAAUGACUGGACGUAUCUACAGUUAUGAUGAUUCAAAUAUAAUGCCAAAGCGACGAUCAAGCAACGAUCGUGAAACCGAACAACGACCAUCAACCAAAAAUUGUUUAAACGACGAACCAAUACAGCACGAGACUUCUAUGUUAUAUGAUUCACGUCGUUAUUAUAGCGAUGGUCGUCGACGUUCUUUAUUCGAACCGAAUAAACGUAAAAUCAGCGAUGAAAGUACACCACGUCGUAGACACACACCUCCCGAAGGUAUCUAUCGACCAAAUCCAAAUCGUUACUCAUCUCAACAUAAUUUAUAUUAUAAUCGUUCAACACCACAACGCUCAUACUCCAAUCACAGCAUCAACGAACUACGGCACAUGGGUGACAUUCGAUUUCCAUAACCGUUUUUGCCUGCAACGAACCCAUUUUUUUUAGUAGAAAAUUAGAUUGAAGUAGCAAAGAAUUGCCAUUUAUUUUUCAUCACAUAUUUUGAGUUGAUUGAUUUUUUGCUAACACUUAGUUGAAAUUUAUAGUCUAUUGAUUUUUUCUUUGUUUGUUUAAGAAUGAUGAAGAGAAAACAAAGAUUUAGACAUUUAUCACUCGUGUCAAUAGAGGUUUUUAUUUUUGAAAAGUGAAAUACUAUUACUAAAUUAGAUUAGAUUAUUACCACCUAGUAAAUGAUGUCGUGAUAAAGUGUUCAACUUCUGUUUGAAAGUCAUUUUUUUGAGUAUAUACUUCAAAAUUUCAAACGAACUUUUAAUCAAUUUUGAAUGUAAACAAUCCACUAUAUACAUUUUCAUCUCAACAUUAUUUUUUUUUUUUUUUAAUAAAUAUAUAAAUGCUCAAAUAUACUCGAAUUUUUGGGCGAACAUAUGUUACCGAUGCUUCGAUACAAUCAAAAUAGAUAAAUUAAUUGAAAACAAAAGAAAAACCUAUAAAAUUCACAUUCAAGUCUAUGAAUCAAUUUAUAAA